UACCAUUUGACUUUGACUGCAUGCGGUACAAAUCAUAAAUGAGGAGUUGAGAUAUCAUUCGACGGUACAAAUUAUAAAGGAACAGUUAAGAUUUCACUGCCGAAAAUGUUCAUCGCAAGAGAUUAGAUCCCAUUUUAACUUGUGUGCUACACUUUGAAUGCAGGGAAUGUGUUGGUUCUUGGCUUUGCUAACCUAGUAGCAGAUGCAAUAUCAAUGGGAUUUGGUGACAUAGUGUCUGCUAGCUCUGAGAGGGAUGUGAUCAUUGAGGAAAGGAGAGUGACAGAGUGGGAUGUCUUAAAUAGCAGGGGAAAUGAACAAAGAGACUUAGUUAGAUACUAUCAAUCUCUUGGGAUGGACUACAAUGAUGCAGCCACGGUUGUGAAUAUAUUUACAAAAUACAAUGACAUACUGGUGGACCAAAAAAUGGUAGCUGACAAAGGAAUUCUACCAGCAGACCAAGAAGUGAAGCCUUGGAAGAAUGGCCUCAUCACAUUUACAUCUUUCAUGAUCUUUGGCUCAAUACCUCUUCUAUCUUUCAUCAUCCUUAUACCAUUUACAGAUAGUGAGUCGGUUAAGUUUGUAAGUGCUUGCCUUGUUUCAGCACUUGGUCUUGCUGUUCUUGGUGUGGCAAGGGCAAGGAUUGCUGGUCAAAACAUGGUGUUCACAACAGCUAUUACUCUUUUCAGUGGUGUCAUAGCAGGAGCUGCUGCUUAUUUAGUAGGGAAGGUUGAUAAACUAUAGCUUAAUUAGUAGCAAUGGCCUCUUUGACUCUUUCUUUGGCAAUGAAUGAUGUAUAAACUGGCCUAAUCACCUUGGACAAAGUCCAAACUUUGUACAUGUUUAGUUCUAGUCUAAUAUCUAUCUUUAUUAGGCAGGUUAUAAAUGCACUUGAAAUAGGGAUGGCGAUGAGUAGGUAUGGGUAGGGUAGUUCAGUACCUAUCUCUAUACUCGUAAUUUGAAAAAAUACCCGUAACAAUUCCCAUAUCCGCGUGAGUAACACUCUUUGUACUCAUGCCCAUAUAUACCCUAUGGGUGCCUAAGUACACGUACCCGUCAAGCAGUGAGAUCAUAGA